GAGUAAAAUGCAUGCAAACUUUGUGUGUCGCCGCCAUCUUGGAAAAAAUGACCUUCGAAGGUCAACGAAUUUUGUGACGUCAUUAGAUGGGUAGCACCAAAACUACAAGUGAGAAUUCUAUUGCGUGCGUGUCGUGUUAGCCAAAAAUAUGUCGUUUUGAGCGUUAUACUGGCCAAUACUUUUCGCAAUCAAACAAGAGAAGCCUACACUAUCAGAUAAAAACAUAUCGAGCGACUGGGAAAGCAAGGAAUGGCGCAAUUUACAAUACAGGUAAUUGAUCAUAAAAUAUUGCAUUAGUGUUUGCCUUGUUUAUACUCGAAUUACUGCGUUUAUUUAACACGGACUAGGACUGAUAUACUAUCAGAAAUAGUGUUACAAAUAAGGAACAUACUUGGUAAAACGUUUCUGCCCUUCGUUUAGGCUCAAAGUGCACUACGCGUGGUAAUACUCGGUAUUGUUUUAUAGUCAUGAAAUUGUGUUUACCCAUCUACUGACGUCAGAUAAUGUAUGCUGUGGCACAAGUGUUUAUUUUCAAAAUGGCGGACUACUGUUGAACUUUUUAUUACAUUUUCUCAACAACUAAAUGCGACAAACCGGCCAAAAUAUAAAAUUAAGUAUUCCGUAAGCAUACCUAAUAGAUAUAAGCAAUAAAAAUUUUGGUUGCCAAUGUCCUUUAACUAUAUUAUCUUAACUUAACUGUAUUAACUUAAAUUUAAUCACGUUUUUAUACAACCGGCCCCAGACGUUCAGGAAGAUGAAUACACAUCAGGAAUACAAUCAUCUGGGCCUUACACGGAUUAAAGUACUCUUCUCAGUGAGCAUUUGCAAUUGUAGUUGCCAUAAAAUUGUUGCAAGAGCUUGUUAUGAUUUUUUUAGUUUUUUAUUUACUUAGAUAGCUAGAUUAUCGGGUUAUGCAUGGCUGGGACAAGAAACAUCUAUAGUUACUAUCGAUGAUUUGAAGAUAUGACACAUUUUGAAAUUUCUUUCUAUAGACCGAUUGCACUUACUGACCCGUGGCAAACAUUUGUAUGUUAUUAAUAAGGAUAUUUUAAUCCAACUAUUUCUCGACUCACACUGGGUGGAAAGUAUUAAUUGUAUAAAUUACUUUAAUAAACUAAAACUCAACGUAUAAAAUAUAUGUUUCCCAUUAAUUUGCGCAUACUUCUCAUACACAUAUAUGUUCUGUCCCGUCAUGCAAUUUGCGUUUUCUACUUUACUAUCCUAAUCAUGUCCAUAGAUAUCCUACAAUUCCCCCGUUGACCAUGACUUGUGACUUACAAUGGUCAACUUAACAGUUUCAUAACUGAAUUAAAGUAACUAAAUGUUAACAACGUUAAUGCGUAUGGACGUCCGGAUUCAACCAGUUCUUGUUUCUUCGCUUGUGCCUUUCUUUCUGCCUCACGUAUUGGUCUCUUUCUCAAUUCCGUCUUCUGAUCGUCUUUCUCUGAAGCAUUCUCCGUGCUAUCUCCUAUCGUUACAAUUUCUUCAUCGCCUUCCGAUAACUCCACCGGGUAUAAUUUCUGAAUUGGCCGUCUAAUUUCCAUACAUUUUCCUCCUUUGUCUAUAAUUUCCUAACUACCGCUCAGUGAAUAGCCCCGUCCUUUCCUUUAAUCAGUUGCUCGACUCUACCGAGUUUCCACUUUACUCUACGUAUGUUCUCUUCGUGAAUAACUACAACAUCUCCAACUUUAACACAAUUUCUUUUCUGUCGUUUACGCCCGUAUUCUAAAAGCUCACUCACACUCAAUGAGUGAAAGUUCAAUCUGAGCUUCUCUCGACUGUCAUUGCUGUUUUUGAAUAGCUGGAGUGUUACGCCCUCUCAGUCGUUUAUCUUGGGUUGCUAUGCAUGUUAGUCGCCCGCUUUUAGGAACGAAAGAUUCGCGAAGUGGCAUGCUUACAGUUGGCACACAAGUCGUAAGUAUUGCUAUAUUUUGCUGCAUAUUUUGAAUCUUCCUUUUGUAAUUUUAGCUUAUUUUGUUUAUAUUGUAGUUUGACGGUUCGUAGAAGAUAAUAUUGUACAUUUUCAUAGUCCUGUCGUCACAGUUGUUGUGUAUCUAUAACUCUAAGAUAGCUAGAUCGGUAUCGGCCAUAAAUCCAUACGAGCCGUAAGACCUGUGUCAUAUUUACACUACCAAGACGGUAUAGAUACAGUCAAAGACUUGUCUAUAGUAGCGAAAAUAUUCUACAAUGAGUUUUCGUGGUCACGAAACAAGCGAAAAUAUCGAAAACCCGCCCGUAGAGCCGAGCGAAGCUAUACUACACGAUGCAAAACAAGAUGCCUGCAAACAGGCAACUACAGCACAGGAACCCAGGGAUCUUCACCGGAUCGGAAGAAGACAAGACCAGUUUCUUCCUGUGGCAAAAUGCCUUUGAUGCUUUAGUAGACUCUGUUCAUAUACCUACCAAGCAAAAGUUAUACUUAUUAAAUCAACACUUGGCCGGAAAUUAAGGCGAAAAGGGUUGGCGAGCAGUUGCAAUACAUGGUUGAACAGCCAGAAGUUGCUUAUACUGAGGCUCGGAAGAUACUUAAAGAAAGGUUUGGGAACAACGCGAUAAUUGCCCACCGCAUUCCAGCCGCUUAAAAUUAUUUACGGGAAAGAAGACGAGCCGUGGGCAGAACAAUACAAAUUCGGAUGGACAAUAACUGGAAGAGUAUGUCUGGAUAACAACCCCAGAAACAAGACAACCGAGAUUUGCGUCUCUGUUGUCGAGAAAGAAAAUCGUCGCGAAACCAAACUCGAAGACCACGCACAUGUCGUAGAUAGCUCCCGGAGUAAAGACAUGACAUCACCGAAAGAGAUAAAAAGAAAUUAUGCAACUGGACUACAAUGAACUCCACUACGGUCGUAACGUUCGCGGAACAGAACAAACCGAGUCUGCAGAGGACAUGCGUUUUAACAAGAUCCUAACUGAAGGCAUUCACAAAAACGCCCAGGGCAAUUGGGAAAUCCCCCUCCCUUUCAAAGUGGAUGAAAUAAGCUUACCAAACAAUCGGGAAUAUUGCCUUACUAGAUUAUUGAGUCUCAAGAAGAAGAUGCAGAAGGAUGAGAAACAGCGCACGGACUAUGACGAAGAAUUACAAGUGUCAGAAGGGCAGGUUUGGUUCCUUCCCCAUUCCAGGUAUAUCACCCCCAAAAAAACCAGAUAAAAUAAGGGUGGUGUUCGAUUGCAGUGCUGUUUAUCCAGGCGAUUCCCUUAAUAAAGACCUUUUACAAGGUCCUGAUUGGAUGAAAGCUCUGGUAGGCGUCUUAUCGCGGUUCCGAAAAGAAGAGAUUGCAGUUUCUUGCGACAUCGAGCAAAUGCUUCACAACUUUGUAGUGAAUCCUAAGCACAGAAAUUUUCUGAGGUUUCUCUGGUUUAAGGACGGUGAUAUAAACCAACACAUAGUUGAGUAUCGCAUGAAUGUUCAUUUGUUCGGAGCUGUGUCAUCCCCUGGUGUAGCAAAUUUUGGGCUCAUGGCUACAUCAAAUGAAGGUAGCCAAGAAUUCGGUGAAAAUGCCAGAGAUUUCCUUGAGCAAGAGUUUUACGUUGAUGACGGCCUCAAAUCCUUUGCGAACCCAGAGGAAGCGAUAGGUACAGUCAAGAAUGCGCAAGCCAUCUGUGCAUCUCCCCAACCUUCGACUUCAUAAGUUUGCUAGCAACAACAAGGUCGUCUUGGAGUCAAUCGUGAAGGAUGAUCGUGCGAAUGACCUAAAAGAUUUAGAUCUACGUCACGACGCUUUGCCAAUCCAACGUUCCUUGGGAACCUACUGGUGCAUCGAGUCCGAUACUCUGGGAUUCCGAAUACAGCUCAAGGACAAACACUGUACACGCCGUGGUAUGCUGUCUACAGUGUGUUCGGUAUACGAUCCGCUCGGAAUAGUGGCGCCAGUAAUUCUAAUUGGAAGACAAAUACUUCAGGAUUUAUGUCGCGACAACUAUGGCUGGGACGAUCUUGUUCGAAACGAGCUCCUCAGCCGUUGGGAAAAAUGGGGAUCCGACCUUCACCUUCUCGAGCAAGUAAAGUUACCUAGAUGUGUCAAACCAACUGGCUUUGGAAAACCUACCAAAAUUGAAAUACACAGUUUCUCUGAUGCAAGCGAUGUAGGAAUCGGACAAGUGUCAUAUCUACGCAUGACAAAUGCCGAAGGCCAAAUACACGUGAGUUUUCUCAUGGGAAAGGCACGUGUGGCUUCUUUAAAGUUGAUGUCAACCCCCAGGAUGGAACUCACAGCGGCCGUAGUAUCAGUAAAUGUUUCGAGCAUGCUCAGCAAAGCGUUGAAGUAUAAAGAGACCGAAGAGUUGUACCAUACCGAUUCCACAGUAGUUCUUGGAUACAUCAACAAUGAAGCAAGAAGGUUCCACACUUAUGUUGGAAAUCGAGUGCAGUACAUCCGUGACAGAUCAAAACCUGAACAGUGGCGACAAAUUUCCUUGGGAACUUAAUCCAGCAGACGAAGCUUCUCGUGGUCUUACAGCGACCGCAUUGCUACAGAAUUCCCGUUGGUUCGUCGGUCCCGAGUUUCUGUAGCAAGAAACCGAGCAGACCCACCCACAACUCAGAGUCGAGCUAGAUUCCAACGACCAAGAAGUCAGCAAGGAAGGGACCACAGUUCUAACCACCCAGCAAGUCAGGCGAGAUUUCCCAAAAGUCCUUCAAGCAGACCGUUUAAAAAACUCUUCUUCCUUCUAUCGAUUAAAGCGAAGCAUCGUAUGCAUACAGCGAAUGAUCGAGAGAAAACCACCUGACAAACAAUACAAUUGGAGAAUGUUAGAGAGCUUGAAAAAGCGGAGAAAUCAAUCUUGAAAUCUAUUCAGUACAAACAUUUUUCUGCCGAGGUUGAUGAUAUGCAAAGGCUAACCGGUAACGAGGACAUGUUUCAAGAUAGACAAUCCGCCAAAGUGAGGAACUCCGCGUUGAAACGUACGUCAAGUUUGCACAAGUUGGAUCCCUUCCUAGACGGUGAAGGUAUUCUCAGAGUCGGCGGCAGUCUGAAAAAUGCAACAACGCCUUACGAAGUUAAACACCCUGUACUCAUCCCUAAGAACGACCACGUUACAAACCUGCUGAUAAGACACCAUCACGUUGCCCAGAAACGCCAAGGCUACGGUAUAACCCACAACGGAAUAAGACAAGCAGGAUAAUGGGUCAUUAACGGACGUACAGUAAUAUCACAGGCCGUCCAUGGCUGCGUCACGUGUCGAAGAUUACGAGGCAGAUCCAUAGAACAGAAAAUGGCAGACUUACCAAGCGAACGUGUGAAUCCUGCACCACCAUUUGCAUACACCGGCAUGGAUGUUUUUGCCCCGUUUUAUAUUAAAGAAGGCAGAAAAGAACUCAAGAGAUGGGGUAUCAUUUUCACGUGCUUAUCCUCUCGAGCAGUCCACCUGGAAACCCUCAAUUCGAUGAACACCCAUACUGGAAAGUUCGUAUGUUACGCCGGAUAUAUCCGGCGUAGGAUUUUACAGAUUACGCCAAAUUUGGCGUAAUACUAAAUCAAAUUUUCGAUUGAAACUGUUCGCGUGGCGUAAAUGGCGUAAAGCGUAUAUAACGGUAUACUCACAGAUUAAGAGGACCAGAUGUCCGACUUCAGUCAAAAAAGCGUAAGGGCUUCGUCACUGCGCAUGCUGUACUGCGCAUAGCUUAGCAAGUGACUAGAGGCAGUCACCCCCCCGACAUUAAAUUUCAAAAUGGCGGCAAUAAUUUAUUUUAAGACAACAAACAUGAAAAUAAACUCUUUUUAUUUGCCCGAGAGAGGGAUUGUGUGGUUAAAUUUGUGUUUAAAACUUUCAAAGUCAGCACGCGUAUUGGAAAAGUGAGUUUAUCACACUUAGUUUGCAAUAUUUUACGAAUUUUUCUCUUUUUCGAUCGUCGUAGGAGUGAAAAACUAUAGGCGAAAUGACAAUGUCACUUUGCUGAGGUAUUUGAAGUCAUUUUCUACAAUGUACGAUGUACUUUCUUGCACUUUUGACGAUGUCUGAUAUUCAUUGACAAAUUAUGUGCAUAAUUUAUAGUUUUCUUUGCAUAUAUAUUAACUAGAAGUAGAAGACAACUAGAUAAGUUAGUUUUGUUUACAAAUUUUACAUUGUAUGCAUGAAUGUAUACUUAACAAAUAUAAAACAUUUUCCGUGUUGAUAUACAGUUAUAUCAACACGAGUGGAAAUUGGGAAAACGAGAAAUUGUGUGGAAACACGACGCCCGAAGGGCGGAGUGUUUUCACACAAUUUCGAGUUUUCCCAACUUCCACGAGUGUUGAUAUAACGAUAUAUCAAUACGGAAAAAAUGUUUUAUAUUUGUUUUAUAAUAUAGCAAUGUCAAAAGCCCGAAGAAUAAGAAAAAUUUCCGUCAUUCCGUGUUUACAAGCGGCGGAAAAUUUCCCGUGUUGACAUGGAGUUAUAUCAACACGGCUCUUAGCCAAUCAGCAUUCAGAAUUUACAAAUGCUAUAUUAUAAAUAGUAUUUGUAAAUAUUAAGUUAAUUCAUCUAUUUAUACAAAGACUCUCUGAUAAAAAUCUUGUAACAGGAAAUGUGAGUUUCAGAAACUGUGUGUCUCAGACAAAAAUUAUUCUAAAAUUAAAUACCUCACCUAGUCUACAAAGUCUACAAACAGCAAAUUACAAAAAUAUAUAAUUUGGGUAUAUUGGACAGGUUUCCUCUAUUAGUAUAGACUACAUGUGUAGGAUAUUAGCACACUGACUAAAUGGAAUUCAAUAUUUAAUAUUCUAUUAACAAGCUCGCUUCGAUCGUAACUGGCAAAUCUGAUAAUUGACUUGGCGGUUUGUGGUACCACUGAAGAGGAAGUUCGGUCGAAGCCAUGACCGUGGGUCGAGAGUUUAGUCAUGGCCACGUUCACAAAUUAGGUAUCGACGACUUGGUGACGUAUUUACAUUUAAUUUAAUUAACCUAGCUGUUCUCGAGUGCCGAGAACAACACCUCUCCUCUAUAGUACCACAAUCACACUUCCUAAGGAAGUGGAGAUGAGCAAGGGCACGAAGACCCGCUCCGAUAGAGACACUGUAUAACGAACGACUCAUGACACACACACACACACACACACACACACACACGAGUUUGGGCCGAUUGUUGACGCUGAUUGCCGCGAACACAGGACGGGAAGGACGAUGCGAUAGACGAUGGAUUGGUAGAAACGAGGGUCGUUAACCCAGCGAGGCCGGCGCGAGGUGCCAGAUCAUGAACAGGGAAAGGUACUUAACUGAGAUUGGGCAAGCGACGGGCAGCGAGCCAAACGACGGGGCUGGCUGCGGGCUUCCUCCGGGAAGGUUACGGAUGGGCGUGGGUGAGGAGGAGGGGAUGGGAACAACUAAGAACCCCCGUGGGUGAGGGGGGAUGGGAACGACUAAAUGUCACGACUGAGAAUGAGCUACUGGCGUAAACAACUUAUAUAAGGUAGGUUAUGCAAAUGCCCUUAUUAGCAUUUGCCAAGCUGUCCCUGGGGCCCCCUAUUCUGAUAACAAGUACAACAACUCAGCUCGUUAUUAAUAUCAUUUAUUUCAUAAAUCCAAUUAACAAGCUCGCUUCGAUCGUAACUGGCAAAUCUGAUAAUUGACUUGGCGGUUUGUGGUACCACUGAAGAGGAAGUUCGGUCGAAGCCAUGACCGUGGGUCGAGAGUUUAGUCAUGGCCACGUUCACAAAUUAGGUAUCGACGACUUGGUGACGUAUUUACAUUUAAUUUAAUUAACCUAGCUGUUCUCGAGUGCCGAGAACAACACCUCUCCAGGGCACCACUCCAGCAACGCUGGAGAGAGGGGUUCGAGGCACUCGAACCCUCCUCCAAAACGGUACGAAUUAGGCCAGCACGGCAGCUAUUGAUGGUAGCACGGGCGAUGGAGUCCGAAUGAAAGAAGGUACGCGUUGCUCGACCAACGACCCAAUGUCUUAAUUAAGUGAUCCGAGAUGCCCGUAGACGCUGCUGCUGUCGCCGCGCCAAUCCUAAAAGUGUGAUUGGAGUAAGAUACCACGUAUUCGCAAGUUGGAUAAAAUCGCACGGAGCCAACAGUUGACAACCACCGGUGUUAGCGGAGAACCAUCGGAUAACACGAACAGUGAUACGGGAGCGUUGCCCCGAACGUGAAGGUAACGGCGAACUGCAGAUACGGCGCAGAUGCGCUUUUCCGACGCACCGAGGGAGAGAGACACGCCUCGGCGGAACGAGUCCGUUUUUGACGUCUUGAUGAAGAGGUGAAGGCAACCCGACGGAUCAAAGGACACGUCUGAAAUCGACAGGACCUGUAGUCGUGACCAACUUGUCCCCCAAAGAUGCGCAGCUACAACGAUAAGCAGAAGCUCCAUAAACGCGAUGGAUUGUGGGGAAUACAGAAACGACCAGGAGAAUUGUAGGGAAGACAGAAACGACCAGGAACCGAAACACCAAUGGGAACGCUACAUUGCUCCAAAACCGAUGGACCAUGCUGCGGCAGACGCGCCGAACAAGUCGGUACGCUGGGAUACGUCAGGCGACGAGAGGAAGCUGAUGCCAUUCCAAUCACGAAAGAAAGCGAGCCACCAGAGGAGAUCCCAACGAAAAUCGACGUUAAGGCGAAUUGGGUGCGAGCGAUUGCGAAAAUGAGCCAGAAGAUCAAUCAUACGGCGCAAAAAAAAAAAAAAAGUUCGCCCAGGACGGACAACUGUGCACGCGUGGUGGAGGUGGCCAGUCAAGGACUCUAAUUCCUGACGGUGACAAGUACGCUUGUUGGACCAAGACUGGAGGAGUGACAUGGAACGGUUGAACUUUUCGGCUGGCGACCUAGCAAUUUGAGUGACCGAGUCGAGCACAAUACCUAAGAACACCAAGCAGGUUGCGGGGCCCUCGAAUUCUCAUGGUUAAGAGGGAGACCCAAGUGGUUGAAGACAGUAACGAAGAGCCGAUGUGGGCUUGGCACACGAGAGACGACGGGGGACCCAAAGAGGAAAAAAAAAUCAUCGAGGUAGUGGAACAACUGGUGAACGUGGUAGUUGUUGAAGGAAUCCAAUGAACCACGGACGCAACCGCAUCAAAAGGAAUUGAGGAGACCUGAGGCCAAGAGGUAGCACCAAGGCCACAUAGAAAGAGUCUCGCCAGUACAUGCCUAACAGAUGUCGGUCGGAGACGUUGAUCGGAAUGUUACGGUAGGCAGCCUGCACGUCGAACUAGGCCAGUAGGGCGCCGGGGCCAAUAACAACGAGGGAUCUGAUAGCGUCGUCAACGGAAAUGUAUCGCAUAGAGAAGGGAUCCUGAGGUAAACCAUCGUUAACGCUUGCUCCUUGGGGAGAGGAAAAGGUCAGGGAUGAGGCGCUACUUCCCCGGUUGAGGACGUUUCGGAAAAAAACCCCAAACGGAUUGGUUUGAGAGAGGGCAGUGGCGGCGAGGGGGGGGUAUGGGUAAGGACCAGGCACCCGGCGUUGAGCGACGUCCGUCGAGAGAUAUUUGUCGAUGACGUCCGGGUGUUGAGACACUGACGUGAGAUUGCGGAGCGACGGACGAAGGACCACACGCUCUGGAACGAAACCCACACGGAAACCAUCGCGAAUACCCGCCAGCACAUUCUCCUUGCGGGGACUAGGAUACUCCCAGAGCUCGUGCACAAAGGCUUCGAGAUUGCGAGGGCAAAUAGAGCCGAUCGUGAACGAGGAUAAGGGGAGUGGGGUAGGUCCUAGAAAAAGAUCAAGGGUGAGAGAUACGUAGCCCCACCCCCCGACCGAAAGAAAACAACACUCCAACACAAACGAGUUAGAAUACAAUUUUAUUGGCUACUGAUAGACUAAAGAGACUAGACUACAAAAUGUAGGUAUGUAGGUAUUGGCUUAACCACACGACAAUUCUAUCAGUCCCGAAAAACAAUGAUGUCGACGAGUGAAGCUCACGACGAACACGACCGACGCCACGCUGAAUAAAAAUCAUACAGCGGAGAAUCGACAACGUAACAGAAAAAUUAACAAUAUCAACGUUUUGAGAAAAAAGGAGACGCGCUUACGAUGUCCUCUGUGUGUGACUGGGUCGUUUCCGCAGGGACGGUAAAAGGACAAAAAAUACGUCUAUGCGACCCCCCACAUGCCAAACGAUCACAAGCAUGACAAUAUCGACACUGCCUGCCAAAGACAGUGCAACGCCCACUGUUUCAGGACCUGCAAAAAAAAGGACGACGAAGGGGGGCUGGAACCCGCAUGCUCAACGCGACUCGGGGAACGCGAAACACGAACCGCGGCGGUGUGGAUGUUAAAUAGCUCCACGUUCAUGUUUGACCGAUCAGACAAACCCGGGGCGGCGGCGUCGCGGCGAAAAGCCUCGUCGUAAUUGCGCCAGGCGUCACCCCCGAAUUGCGAAUACGUUCGCAGAAUCAGCAGUUCGUACAAAAGCAAGUCACGAGCACGGUGGGGGAACCAGGUAACGAGAACGAGGGAGAAUAUGGAAAUCAUCGGUAAUAUGUUAUCGAAUGGCAUCGGUAAUAAGUUUGGUCUUCCGGGGGGGGGGGAGUAAUUAUUAACCGGCCGUCGAACGACAUGGUAGGGAUGGACGAUUCGUCAGAUGGCGGGGACAGAAGGGCUGCCAGAUCAAUGUAAAGGCCCGACGCUAUUGCCGAAACCAGUUUGUGGGGAACGGGGUUGAAACCGGGGCCCACCACCAUGGCGUUAUCAAACGACUGUUAGGGGAAAGCUGGACAGGAGGUACGUGCCCCCGGGUAAUUAGACAUGAACGGCGAAACAAAGUAAGGGAUACCUGACCGUUGCACUUGAGCUGUUGAACCGCCAGGCGGACCAUACGGAGUCGGGGGGAUGAGUAGUAAGAGGGAUGGACGGCCGCAUUUGCCUGCCCCGAAAACGGUUGCGGGGACCAAGAUGUUCCGGGUGGAUCAAGGGACAACCCCCCUGGAGGCUGGCCAACGAAUGGGUCUUGCUGAAUGGGCUGAGGAGUCUGUACGAGGUGCUGUGAACCAAGGGGGGCGGCCAGGGAUGCCGAAGGAUAACCAUAGCCGACCGCGCUCUGCGAAGGGCCUGGAAACGACACGCUAGGAAAUCCAACAUGGCGGCCAUCUGAAGUCGGGAAUGUAGAAGGAGACGAUAAAUUCAAACCCAAACGAGACAGGAACGGCGAAGUCGAUGGCAAAAUAACGUUCCACGACGACAUAGUAUUUGGCAAUGAUCUUGUAGACGAAACUGUUGCGCCAUAAGAUGGAUAAACUUGAGCUAAAGUACUGGUAUUUUGAGCGAUCGAGUAAACGAUAUUAUCUGACGAAUUCUGCAACGAUUGUGAUACUUCUGGCACAGGCGAAGAGGAAACAAACGCCAUUGAGUCAACGUUUGAAACAGAUGAUCCAGAUUCACGAGGAAUUAAACGAGGCAUCAGUGAUGCUCGAAGUGUUUGGAACGACUAAAUGUCACGACUGAGAAUGAGCGACUGGCGUAAACAACUUAUAUAAGGUAGGUUAUGCAAAUGUCCUUAUUAGCAUUUGCCAAGCUGUCCCUGGGGCCCCCUAUUCUGAUAACAAGUACAACAACUCAGCUCGUUAUUAAUAUCAUUUAUUACAUAAAUCCAAUAAAAUCUGUUUUGUAAUUUGUUUACACAAGUCUCACAAACUAUGCAAUAUUCCUGACUGGAAAGUUUGCAAAGGGUGCAGCUAAUUUUUGUUUUAAUAGGUAAAAUAGUAUUAUGCCACAAACUACAAACUUUCCAGACUGCGGCCAAUAUGAGACUCCUAUAGUCGAACCUCCAUUAAGCAGCCCUCCUUUACGAAUCAUGCUUAAUAUUUUGCUUUAUACACAUAUUAAUCACACAGUAAAUAUAAUGUUCAAUGCAUGUCAACACCAACAGGUCAAUGUAAGUUUUUGUAUCAGUGUUCGUUAACACUUCUUGAUUCUUUUCAGUCUACCUAUUACUGUAAUCAGUGAUUUAUGAUUGAAUAAGUAGACAUUGGACCCCCCCCCCCCCAGUCUACUUUAUGGCCACUUCAUUGAGCAUUGAAGUUGGAUUGUAUUUUUUUAUACUAUUUAAUGUUUAACCCAUUAAGGGCCAGCACUCCCCCCUUGACAAGUAAAAUCGUCUGGCGUUAGACAGAGUGAAACAAUAACAGGAGCGGAUUCAGACAGGUUUGACAGGUUUAUAUAAACCUGUCAGAUUUUCCAAAGAAAGAAAAUCUAUAACCUUUGAUGUACAUAUAACUAAUUUAAAGAAUACUUUGUUUGAUAAACUUGAUGUUGUUUAAUCUAUUACGCCACUUAAACACUGUUAUUGAAAUUUGAUUCUGGAUUACCGAGCGUAUUUAAUAGACCCACGUACAUAAUAAGCAUUUAAUUAAUUAAGGACUUAUCGCGUUGGUUUCCUCUUACGAAAUGUUGUAAUACUAUAGACAAAUAAUCUGCUAAUGUAUCGCCGUGGGCACUGAUAUAUCAGUGGCCGUGGGUCGUGGACUGAAACAUCGCAUGAAUCACACAUAACCGCCCACAAUUAUGAGUGGUCAGAGUUCUCUCAGUGAGAGUAAACCGGUCGAUACGCCAUUCGAUUGGCUAAAUGGCUGCGCUCCGCCGGAUGUAAACCGGUCAUAAACCUGUGAGUCGAGCAGUUUUUAGAGAAAACUGAGCAUGAAAGUUAACAGAACUCGAGGACGCGCGAAAUAUGUUUAUAAUUUUGCGUGACUGAAACAUUGCGUUGGCGAUAGAAGCAUUCACAUGGAUUUCUUGUUCAUUUUGAAGGUUUGUUUAAAAGUAUAUAGUCUAAAGUUAUAACUGUAAGCUAUUUCUACUUACUGUAUAAUAAAUAUCAAUCCGUCAACAAGCGUAUCGAUGUUUAUACGUGUAACUUCUACACAGUCUACACUCUGAUGAAGCGCGAAAUAUGUGUAUAUAAUAUAAUUUGCGUGACCGAAUCAUUGUGUUCGCAAUAGAGAAUCAGGAAAUAAUUGUGAAGCUUUCACGCUCUUGCAGUUUGGUUUCUAUUUCAUUGUUAAAGUUGGUUUGAAAGCAUAUAGAUCUAAAAUUACAAGUAUGUUUAUAUUAAAAGCAUCUCUACUUGUUGUACUAUAAUAAAUAUCUAUGCGUUAGCAAUUUGCCAAUCCUAUAUUUUUAUUACUAGCUAAGGGACCGGUCAUUAUUUAUGGUGGGGGGUGGCACCGAAGAGAAAAGGGUUGGGUAAACUAAAUUUUGAGUAAGUAAAAGGUUGGGUAAAUGAAAAACAAAACAACUCAAGGGUUGGGUAGUAAAAAAAUAUUGUCAUUUCCAAAGCAUGACUCACUGAAGUAUUGGGGACUAAAAAGCAAUGGCAACAGUAGGCCCUACUCUGGGGCGAUAACAAGAUAAUGUGAGUUUAAGCAAUUUUAGGUGAUUUAAGCAAAAUCUGCAAUUUAAGCAAUGCGAGUUUGAGCGAUAUAUGGCAAUCUAAGAAAACAAUUAAAAUUUUAGGGAAUGCUGUUUUAGGUGUUUAGAGGUAAUUUCAGGAAUAUACAACUAUAUCCCUGAUGACUCCAAUGAAAUUACCAUUAACCUAUGCCAAGCAUCCAAACAUGAGUGUUCCCACAAACACACACACAUGCAGUGUAUGAAGCAAAAUAUACAAUUUAACAAAAGGAGAAGUCUGCUUGAGGGGGUUCUGGAAACAAACAAUACACUGUAUGCACAUGACGAUCAAGUGUUUAAAGGGUAAAUAAGCUCAAUAUUCAUGACUUUUUUCAUCCAUUGUCUAUUUCGAAGCCAUUGGGGUAUUAUUAAAUUCAUGACACAACUAUAUUUAUAUACAUGACCACAUGUUCACAUCAUAUGCAAUUGCAAACAAUUUUCAAAGGAGUAGGGUACAGAAUUGCAAUAUAACAACAUAUAAGUAAAUUAUACAUGUCAUGAACUUACCAGUUUGUGUUGAGUUAAAUUUAAACAUUUUUUGACAUCAAAUAUUAUUUAUUUAUUUGCAAAUCAAAACAUUUUAAAAUUCUCGUGUUUUGUUUUGUAUUGCGCCCGCGAUAUAUUAAUGGUAUUAACCGCUGUGAAUAUGAUAUACAUUUUUAAUACAUUACAUUUGCGCUCAAAAGUUCAGGAAGUGAGUUUCUAGAAAGGAUGAAAACUCCGUUUUAUAUAUGGCAUGUAAAAGGUAAUCAUUGUUUACUGUUUAUUUUGUAUUCAGGUAUGGGGAAUUUGAGCGAUGAGAGUUGCAAAACUUGCAAAUGUAGUCUGACUAGUUUCUUUGACGUCAUCAUGCAACUAUUUAAAAUUGUGCACAUUCAUUAUUCAAUUUAUUCGCAGCAAUUAGCCUUCUAUAAGCCAUACAAAUGAUAUAGCUUAUAGCCCACCUUGCCUUUAACAUUGAUCCUAUAUAUAAUGAAUUAACAUAACUAACUUGAUUAUGUUGCUAGUCGAGUAUGUGACCUAUGGGUCUUCUAGAUCCUAGAGUAGCACAAUUAAUAUAAAGUCUCCGUAUUAAGGCGGUAAUAUUAAAGACUGUCCUUAUUUAUGCAUGACCUUUGACUAUUAAGAGCGGCUGUCUGUAAUAGUCAGGUAAGACGUGUAAAAUGAGAAAAUUCAAACUCGUUCAAACUUUGUCAGAAUAUAGGCCUAUAUGAAGUAUUAAUGUUGUGAAAGUUUUAUUUCGAUCGGAUAAAUAUUAAAGGAGAGAGACGUCGAAAUUGGUUUUCCCAGGCCACUUUCGAUUUUUAGAGGUCAUUUUACGGCACUACCAAAAUCGCUCUAUUUUGCACGUUAAUGGGAAUAUUUCACAAAACAUGAUUUCGUUUUAUAAAUUAGAGAUAUUUAUUGAUUAGCAGACAAAAUUUAGAGACAUUUCUGUAAAAAGUGAAUAUUUUACAGAUUUUCUUAAUGUUUUUUAUUUUCGAACCUCUUUAUUAUAUGCCAUAUUAGGCAGCGAAUAUCUCCAUUGUUACAUCGAUUCAGACAAAAAAUUGAUAACCAGAUCAAAGAAAUAUGUUUUCCCUUGCUAUUGAUCAAAUAAAAUUUUUGGGCAACUUAGAAUUUAAUUUUUAACGAAUUUUUUCGUAACCCCUAUUUGACCGGAAUAACCGUAUGUUAAUAUAAUCAGCGUCGAGUCAUGUAGUUCAAUAAAUGACCAAAGAGCUCGUCAAAAGCGUUUAUUUCUUCGAGUAAACAAGCCUAGGCCUAUAAAACUACCUUUGCUAAAGUUGUACAAUUGGCUGAAAAUAUUUAGGUCUAAAUCACACUGUUUACAGUCGCUUCUUGUUCAGGUAAUGGCCGAUAGCCGGUGCCGCAGCUGAUUUGGCAGAUUUGGUUUCAAUUAUAUUUUAUCAGGGAUAUGCCGCGAUAAGUAUAGUGAGUAUAUUUUCUCUCCCCCUCCCAUAAACUCGUGUUCUCACAUAAAUAGCGCCCACUCUUUUUGUAAAAAACAUAGGCCAUUUGCAAGGUCAUACGAUGCAAACAUGGCAUUGUUUUGACGUUUUUUUGGUCGUAUUUCCGGUUGGGUAGCUCACGCGAUUGUCUGAACAAAAAUAUAGACUAGUCAUACCUUUCGCCGAAAAUAACUUCGACCCCUUCAAACAUAUCGUCUUUGUAAUAGUCUUGUUCGAAUCCCCAUCAAAAACACUAUUUAGAGUGUUAUUUGCAAGCCUGUAUCUUCAAAUUUGCAUCUUUUAUCACGGUAUUUCCAUUUCUUGUCCGGCUGUGAGCUCGAGGCUCGAAAUAAUUUGAUAGUAUACGAUCGCAUUUGACUUUCAAACUCCCAUAAAUCGCUACAAUGUUGAUAAUGACUAUAACUAUCGUUUGGAAUUAGUUGAUCUUUUAUUUCUGAAUCGAAUGGUGGUAUUUCUGUCUUCAUAGGCAUAGCAUGUACUGAUCCGAAGAUAUGAAAUUUCUAGCCGCGUCCACCUCUCGAGGACGACCUCGCAAAGAGUUUUAAUUUAAUUAAUAUUAAAGCUGGAAUCUUUCACCGUGAUGUCAUGCCAAAAGGUGUCUUUUCCAUUUGUUAAAAUGUCCUUUAAAAAAGAUCCUUGCUCUAUAUAUUGAUUUGUGAUUUGGUAAUAUUAAUUACAGUUGUAUAUUUGAUUAUUUUGUUAGUGCUCAAUAAGUUUGAAUUUGUUCUGAGAAAACAGUCAAACUUCAGACCUAAGUCACCAAACUUCUACGCUGUUGCUUAUUUAUUUAUACUUUUAGUAUACGCUGCCCAUCACUUUUAAAACAGCAAGAUGAUAAAGACAACGUGUACGGGCGAGUUAUCCAUGAAAUAAAGAGUUGGUUUACAAAAUGAAUUCCGUCUUUGUGGAUAAAAAUUAGUUGUAAAUAAUCUCUCCUGUAUGUGUUAAAUGUUACAUGCAUGUAUAGGGAUUUCCCCCAGUAUAUUCCUUCUCUUUUGUAUGGCUGUUUUUGAUUAUUCGUCUCUUGUCACUAAGUGGUCAUGUGGUGUCAGCAACUCUAAUCCAGCCGAUUCAGAAUGCGUUCUUCGAAUGAUUGUAAUAAAAGAAAUCAAGGCACACCUGAGGUCGCACGACGUUUGCUUGGAUUCCAGUUUGAGAACAGAGUCUUCUCUUCCACCCGCACGAGCCGAUUAGUUAAUUAUUUUCUAUCUGACAUAUACUUUUGAUCCAAUUUCAAUUAAAUUUAUCCAACCAUUUCUGGAUGAUAUAUUUACAACAGGCAGUACUCAGGCCAAAGAAAAGUCAAGAAAGGCAGGCCAACUUUCCCAGAGGGUGGCCCGGAAUGGUGGAAUUGUGCAACGUGUUAAAUAUUAAGGAAUAUUCUGAAAAUUGAGGUCGAAAAAAGUCUGAAAAGUAUUUUAGACCCCCCCCCACCCCCGUUAUCGCAAAAUUAAUUUAUAUAAUUAGACUAUUAUAUAACUAAAAAAUUCGGCCCCCUUCCUUUUACGGGCCCCCCUCAAAAUGUUUUCUGGUAAGCAAAAAUGUUACAGUAAAAUGUAAAGGGGGGGUGGGUGGGUGGGGCGACGUUUUUUUGAAAAAAAAGUUCCAAAAAUUAUUUUUGCGAUAAUGGGGGGUUCAAAAUACUUUUCACAUCUUUUUCUUCCUCAAUUUCAGAACACGUUGCGCAAUUCCAGCAUUCCGGGGCCCCCUCUGUGAAAGUUGGGCCCCCUUUCAAGUUGACUUUUUUGGCCUGAGAACUGCCUGAGUGUUCUAGAUGUAUCAUCCAGAAAUGGUUGGAUAACUGUAAUUGAAAUUGGACCAAAAGUAUAUGUCAGAUAACGCGUAACCACAAACAGCCAUACAAAAGAGAAGAAAUAUACCGGGGGAAAUCCCUACAUGUAGCUUAACACAUACAGGAGAGAUUAUUUAUAACUCAUUAAUUUUAUCCACGAAGACGGAAUUCAUUUUGUAAACCAACUAUUUAUUUCAUGGAUAACUCACACGUACAUGUUGUCUUUAUCUUCUUGCUGUUUUAAACUGAAUGAUGGCCAGUUAAAACUACUAAAUUGUCUAAAUAAGUAACAGUGCCUAGAAGUUUGGUCUGAAGUUUGACUAAAGUUAUUGAGCAACAACAAAAUAAUCAAAUAUACAAGACAUACAACUGUAGUAAAUAUUACCAAAUCAUAAAUGAACAGCGGGUCUUUUUUAAAAAUAGAAAAGACUCCUUUUGGCAUGACAUCACGGUGAAAGAAUCCAGCUUUAAUAUUAAUUAAAUUAUAAUUAUUACUGUAAGUAAACGAAUUACAAUUUCAACGUAAACUGACAGUUGUUUUUGACAAAAAGCGCGUGCACUAUUUAUGUUCGAACAGUUAAGCACGAGUCGUGAAAGAACAGAUGUUUAUGGGAAGGGGAGAGAAAAUACACUUAGCUUGCUAUACUUAUCGCGGCAUAUUCCCGAUAAAAUAUAAUUAAAACCAAACCGCCAAAUCAGCGGCGCCGGCUAUACAAUAUAUUACAGGCAUUACCUGAACAAUAAGCGACUGUAAACAGUGUGAUUUAGACCUAAAUGCUUUCUGCCAAUCGUACAACUUUAGCUAAGGUAGUUUUAUAGGCAUAGGCUUGUUUACUCGAAGAAGUAAACGCUUUUGACGAGCUCUUUGGUUAUUUAUAGAACUACAUGACUCGACGUUGAUUACAUAACAUACGGUUAUUCGGGUCAAAUAGGGGUUACGAAAAAUUUCGUCAAAAAUUCAAUUCUAAGUUGCCCAAAAAUUUUAUUUGAUUAAUAGCAAGAGAAAACAUGUUUCUUUUAUCUGGUUAUGAUUUUUUUGUAUGAAUCGAUGUAACAAUGGAGAUAUUCGCUGCCUAAUAUGGCAUAUAAUAAAGAGGUUCGAAAAUAAAAAAACAUUAAGAAAAUCUGUAAAAUAUUCACUUUUUACAGAAAUGUCUCUAAAUUUUGUCUGCUAAUCAAUAAAUAUCUCUAAUUUAUAAAACGAAAUCAUGUUUUGUGAAAUAUUCCCAUUAACGCGCAAAAUAGAGUGAUUUUGGAAGUGCCGUAAAAUGACCUCUAAAAAUCGAAAGUGGCCUGGGAAAACCAAUUUCGACGUCUCUCUCCUUCAAUAUUUAUCGGAUCGAAAUAAAACUUUCACAACAGUAAUACUUCAUAUAGGCCUACAUUCUGACAAAGUUUGAAAGAUUUUGAAUUUUUUCAUUUUACACGUCUUACCUGACUAUUACAGACAACCGCUCUUAAGUGGCCAAAAACUGUGCCUACAGUAGUCAACUUAUUCCACUAUCCAGGUUGCAUCACUUUUGAUUCAAAACACCCGGGUUUAUUAUACAUGGAUUUGCUAGCAAAAUAGCAGCAAUUGAUGAACUUGGUGUUAUAGUAAGAUUUACUAAAUGUGUAAAGAAACAACGAAAAGUAUAUAUCAAUCAGAGUCGCUAUCUUGAUCAAUUUCCGAUGGGAUCUCCAAAGAAAGUAGCUACAUGUGCAGACAACAUGAAACUUCAGACUGCAGAAAAUUUAAUUUCACAACCGUUAUCAAACUUAUGUCACAGAAGUGGUAAAGGACAUAUGUGACAACUGAAUGGUACCUUUUGUAAAUUUUUUGGCCAGGGGUGGGUAUUUAUUUUUUAAUUGAUAUUUGAGGUUGGGUAAUCAAUUUUUUUUACUUUUUAAUGGUUGGGUCAGCAAAAUUUUUGCUACGGAAAACAUUUCUCUUCGGUGCCACCCCCCGCCAUAACUAAUGACCGGUCCCUAAUAAGUUUCCGAAAAGGUUCAAUUCAUUGUUUGAGCUGCGUAUAUAAUAUUAGUCCAAAAUUCUCUUAAAAACAUGUAUUUUCUAACCAUUAAUUAAUUGAAAAGGUGAGGCCAGAACGCAGGAAAUGCUGUUUCAGAGGACCGAAUUUUAAAAAUUUCCCGGGGGAGCAUGCCCCCAUAGUGGUUGUGUGGACCUAGUAAACCGGUCAUCUAAAACGCUGGAUCCGCCCCUGCAAUAAAGUAGGGCGUAAUGGGCCGCAAUGCGACUCAGUGGGUUAUAUGUAAAGUAGUAUUAGUAUAUAACAACAACAGGGAGUUGCACAUUUGCCCGAUAACUCUUGUUGCAUGUUAAAGUCAUUACCAAGUGAGUAGUUAGACUUUUUCAAUAAUUAUGUCAUGUAUGCCGGUUUAGCCUGGGCACCUCGCUUUCAUGUAUCAGGAGACAAAAUGUGAUUGGAUCACUAUUCAUGGGAAUUUAUUGUUUGUAGGUGAGAUAUUUUAAUAAAUAUUCUAGAAUAAUUUUGUCUGAGACACUCAGACACACAUUUUCUGAAACUCACAUUUCCUGUUACAAGAUUUUUAUCAGAGAGUCUUUGUAUAAGUAGAUGAAUUAACUUAAUAUAUGUAUACAAUCAUGCACACAAUGUAAAAUUUGUAAACAAAACUAACUUAUCUAGUUGUCUUCUACUUCUAGUUAAUAUCUAUGCAAAGAAAACUAAAAAUUAUGCACAUAAUUUGUCAAUGAAUAUCAGACAUCGUCAAAAGUGCAAGAAAGCACAUCGUACAUUGUAGAAAAUGACUUCAAAUACCUCAGCAAAGUGGCAUUGUCAUUUCGCCUAUAGUUUUUCACUCCUACGACGAUCGAAAAAGAGAAAAAUUCGUAAAAUAUUGCAAACUAAGUGUGAUAAACUCACUUUUCCAAUACGCGUGCUGACUUUGAAAGUUUUAAACACAAAUUUAACCACACAAUCCCUCUCUCGGGCAAAUAAAAAGACUUUAUUUUCAUGUUUGUUGUCUCAAAAUAAAAUUGUUGCCGCCAUUUUGAAAUUUAAUGUCGGGGGGGUGAAUGCCUCUAGUCACUUGCUAAGCUAUGCGCAGUAAGACAUGCGCAGUGACCAAGCCCUUACGCUUUUUUCAAUGAAGUCAGACAUCUGGUCCUCUUAAUCUGUGGUAUAGUGUUGGCGACUUGGCGUUCACGAGUGUGUCGGCGGUGUGGCGUUAUGUGGCGUUCUUAAUUUCUGGCACAGUGGCACGAUUGUUGUUCUAAAUUUCUAAUGUAUUAUAUAACGCCAUGAAAACUUUGUAUUUGAAAUAAUUUAUGAUAAUAAAUAUUCAAUUGACAAAAUAUUGUAUAAAUAAUUUUGCCGGCAAAUUUUACGCGUACAGCAAACUGUCGAGCAAAAAUCUACUCCGACGCGACUCUGUGACCAUAUAUUUUGCAAGGCAAUUACUAAAUAAGCAUGCAAAAAAUUAACAAAAUGUAGAAAAAAUUACUAAAUUUCUGCUGUCAACCAAAGUGGUCUGAAAAUCAAUAGAACAUCUCAAUAAAACAAAAUCAGUAAUACACUUUCCAUCAUUGAAACUAUGUUUUUUCCAUGUUUUUUUUUCUCACUUGUACUUUUGAUUGCAAUUGUGCAAAAUGCAAAUAUGGUGUCGCGUUGUCGAGCUGGUGUCACAUCGGAUUUGGACUCCCCACGGAUAUGGACCCCCGGUCCAUAUCAGCUAGCGGAUUCGGACCCCUACGGUACAUAUCUGAUAGCUGAUAUGUACCCCCUUCCGCGGAAUUGGAUCUCCUAAAAUUCACAAAAAGAAGAAGUUUUGAAACGAUUUGCAGUUGAAUGUGCAUGGAAAUUUAGGCGUCAGUUUAAUUUAAAUUAUGAUAACAAAUGGCAUUACUCAACUAUCUUGCUUAAUGACGAAAACAAGUAUUGAGAUGCUAAGAUUCUUAUAAAAAAACGCCAAGCAGCAUUUUCUAACGGCAAUAACCAACUGUUUAGGUAUUACCGCAACCGAGUUAAUCGCGAAAGAAAAAAAUGCCGUGAAAAGUUUUAUUCGUUGAAGGUUGAACAUCUAAAAAAGUCAAAACCAAGUCGUUGGUGGAAAGAAGUAAAACAGAUUGCUGGUAUGACCCCUUCAACGGGAGCGGAAGAUCUAUAUAACCAAAUUUACAUUGACGAUAUUGACCGGAAGUCUCCAAAUGAGAUUGCAAAUCUCAUAAACACAGCCUUCCUAGACCCCAUGCAUAAAAACUUACCAACCUCUUACUUCUCUUCCCCCCUACGAUCCAAAUGACUCUGUCCUCCAUCUCGACGAAUUUGCACGCCGGGCUAGGAAAGCUGCUGUUCUGGCCAAUUAUUCUGUCGAGGAAAAGUUUUCAAAAUGGCGAAAUUAUGUAUUCAAAAUGGCGUCCAAGAUGAUAUUGGAUAUUGCAUUAUUUAUUUUAAUUUUGUGAAGGGGUAGGUAGGAUAACUGGGAUGCUGAAGGACAAACAAGAACCAUGACACACUAAAUGACCCUCCGACACCCUCAGAAGAGAGGAAGAACACAUGCGAUAUUCGAUAUUUCAAUUUUUUUUAAAUUUGUCAAAGUUACUGCCGACAUGAACGACAAAGAUAUUUCGUGCAAUAUGUAAGAUAUUUUCUACAUAGUCAAAAUUUCAAAACCAUAGAAAUCUUCAACAUGGUCUAACGUUUGAUAUCAAUUAUAUUUUGGGUUUUAGGCUUGCUUGUGAGAUCCACAUUUCUGCAUGAAACUUGUGGCUUCAUAUGGCCGAUGGGGAACAAGAGAAAUGGCCGUGCGUCUAGUAACAAAGCAGUUUCACGCAUUCGUUUUCCUCUUGGCGAACUUGCGAGCAGAAGAAAAGAAUUGAAGGAGAAAUAUUUGGCACAAAAUUCUAAGCUAAAGGAUCUGCAAAAAGAUGUACAGAAAAGAUCAAAAAAGGUAUGCAAGUUUAAUAUUUCUGGAUCCAACAACCUGAUGGCUGAUGAAACAAUACACUCAAAGUUAUUUUAACAUUGGUUUUAGAUUGAACGCCAACAAGAGAGUAUAUCUUUACUCGACACAAAAGAGCAGUCUAUGUCACACAGAAAGAGAAAACUUGAAAAUGAAAAGGCUAAAGGUAUCGAAGUGGCACGGAAAAGAAAAAAGACUGUAAGACAACAGAUUCCAUCUGAAUUAAAUCCACAGAACUCAGAAAAAUUUCAGGAUUCGAUGAAAGGUCGAACAAGUAGGCGAAGACGAAAAGAAACCCUAGAUUCUUGUAAGGUCAUACACGGGGAUUGUGAAGGUAAUAUUUGGAAAUUGCGUUUAGGCAUGCUGUUACCCUGGUUGCCAGAGGCUCUUUCAAUUGAAAGAGCCUCUGGCAACCAGGGUAGCAUGCUGUAGCAGUUGUAAAGAAGCCUACAGUAACUUCAGUAUAAUGAGUAUUUGUCUGUGACCUUGUGUGCUGUAUGUUGGAUGGCAUUGAUUUAACGGUUACUUUUUUCAGCCUGAUUACCCGACAUGCAUGCAUUUUCUUAAGAUUAUAGUUCAGGUAGGAUUCACCCCGGCCGGAGUUGCACCAUUAACCCUUCCACUUGUUAAGCCUAGUUUCCAUUUGGUCGUUAGUUGUCGCUGGCACGACAAGCGGUAGAUGUGAAAUAGUCUAAUAUCAAUAGUCUUUUUGUGUCUUAUAUGCAAAUCAGUCUUAAUGAUUGCAGAGUUUUAUAAAGUUUUGUUGACACUCUAUUACAUCAGCCACUUGUCGUGCCAGCGACAACUAACGACCAAAUGAAAACUAGGCUUUAGAUGGUAACGAGACCAACAGCCAUGGCAGAUGUUAACCCAUUAAGUGGCAGUACUCUACCCUUGACCUGUAAAAUCACCUGGUACUAGACGUAGUGAAAAACUAAUUAAAGUACUGUGCAUAAGGGCGCAAUGACAUGGGUUAAAGAGUUAAAGAAAUUUACUUUACUUUUGUAGGUAAAACCUCUGCAGCUCUUGCUGGAAUGUGGGUGACUCUCAUUAAUGAGAGUACAACUGAACAACUGACGGCAUGUGUGGAGACAUCCCCAAAGAUGCAAAGUAAAGUUAUUCCUGCUAUAGUAAGCAAACAAGUUAAGCAGAACGAAGCAAGUCAGGAUAAUAUGUGUCGCAGUUUAAAAGUCUUAUAUGAGAAAGGCCUACUAUCCAAGGAAAAGUACAAAGCUAUCUGUAGAAAUAUCCAAACAAAAUUUAGUGGGUCAUUAAGUACUCCAAGGCUUGUUUACUACGACAAAUUGAUUGCUUUCAUUAAGUCAGUCAAUUUGGACAAUGUCCAUGAUUUUGCAACUACAUUUUGUAAGGCAAAUAUAGGUGAAUUUGAAGAACAAGUCAAUGGGUCAUAUAGAGAUUUCUGCAGUUAUAUUACUACUUUAGCAGAACUUUAUAUACUUGUUGAUCAAGCGUUGGGUUCUGAAUCAUUUUUCCAGCAUUUCGGAAGUUUGCCGUAUCAUUUCAGGGUCGCCAUUGGAGCUGACGGUGCUCCCUUUGGUAAAGAUGACGAAGCCACGGCUUGGCUUGUCUCAUUUCUAAAUGUCGGUAAACAUAUCCAAAGUGAGAAAGACAACUUUCUGAUAUGUGGGGCAAAUUGUUCAGAAACCCAUGAGGGUAUGAUGCAAUAUGCUAAGAAGUUAAUGCAUGAUAUUGCAUAUAUUGAAAACCAUCCAAUCAAUAUUAAUAGUUUUAACUGUAAAUUUACUGUAGAGCUUAUCCCUUCGGAUAUGAAAUGGUUAUCUGCUAUGGCUGGAGAGCUCAAUAACGCGGCCUAUUACUUUUCACCUUUUGCAGAUGUCAAUAAUGAUAACAAGGCAACCCCGAAUGGAACCCUGGGGGCAGACCCAUCAUGCACGUGGCACCCCUGGGAUUAUGAGGAAAGGGUUAAGGUGGCAAAGAAAGUUGCGGCUAAAACGGAACAGCUAUCUAAGACUAAUGUUUCCUCCAAAACGAAAAGAAACAAGCUUCUUAAUUUUAUUAAGGAACAGGGAUCCCGGCAAGAGUAUGAACCGGUUUUAGGUAAAUUGAUAGAUUGUGGAUUUGCCGAACCCCUACACAAUAGCAAUAAUGCAUGGGGUUAUCUGCAUAAUCUUAUGCUUGAGAUUGCUUUGUCUAAAUCGAAUAUUACACCAAACUGCAAAGAAAUUGACCAGUUGCCAGCAAAUUCUACCUUAGUCGUUUACCUCACCAUCUUAAAAGAGACGGUACGUGUCCCUCGACUAGUUAAAAAAAUAAAAACUUGGUUUGGUGAGGGUCGGAAGACUUCCUUCGCAUAUAGAUUCACAGGGAAAGAGACAAAAAACGUUUGUCGUAAAUUUAUGUUUGUGCUGCAAGCAUUGAGUAAUCCUGCUGACUCCCCCGAGACACAGUUAAGGCUUGCAUCAAUAGCUUUUUGUUGCAUACAAUUACGGGAUGCUGUAUCAUACUUUUCUCGUGUAAACAUUACCCAAGUCGAAGUUGAAAAGUGCAAAAAUUCUUGUUUGCAUUUCUUUAAUGCCAAUGUACUGCUAUUGAGAUCAGUCACACCAACCAUUUGGACAGUAGGUUAUGCCAUACCAAGACACCUUCAAAUACUGUUUGACAGAUAUGGCAUGGGGUUAGGUCUCAAUAGCAUGCAGGGUCGGGAAGCGAAGCACGUAAGGCUUUCCCAGUUUGCAAAACACUCUACUAAAUCGACACGCUGGUCGAUGGUCUUGCGACAUGAUUACAUUUCCAAUGUAUGGAUUCGCGAACAUGAGCCAAGCCGUCUUUCAUACACAAAGUACAAAAUGCACUACAUUCCAAAUGAAACUGAAUUGGAAAAUUCUUGUUAUUGUGGUUUCCCUUUAAGCAAGGACAUGCAUAGUUGUAGUAUUUGUUCAUCAAGUAUUUUUAAGGAUGUUCAUAAAGCAGCAGUAGCUGGUUGUUUGACCAAUGAAAUACGCAACAUAUUGUUAAUCUGA